ACGUACGAAAGUUUCCAGUCUUGGUAUUUUUUGUUUAUGGUUUUAUCUAUGAAAUAGGCCCCAGUUUUGUUUUGUUUACAUUUAAAAAGUAGCUACUUUACUUUUUGUCUUCAAGGCUGUGGCUGUGUCCUCUUUAAAAUAUUACAGAUUAGAUAUUUUCGUCCAAAAAAACCCGCUUUAUUUAGCACUUCACUUUCGCAUUUUUAAUAUAAAAUGGUGUUUUUUUUCAAUAGUAAUGUUGUCUCGCCACCUCUCGUAUUAUUUAUGGGAGCUAAUAAAUAUGAAAACGAAGAAUUAAUAAAAUGGGGAUGGCCCGAAGACGUUUGGUUCCAUGUACAUAAUUAUUCUUCAGCUCACGUUUAUUUACGCUUAAAAAAUGGACAAACAAUAGAUGACAUACCUUCAUCCGUAUUGGAAGAUGCUGCACAACUAUGUAAAGCUAAUAGCAUUCAAGGAAACAAAGUUAAUAACAUUGAUGUUGUUUACACAAUGUGGGAAAAUUUGAAGAAAACUCAAGGUAUGGAACCCGGCCAAGUAGCUUAUUACAAAGACAAUUUAGUCAGAAAAAUUCGUGUUGAGAAGCGCAUUAACGAAAUUGUCAACCGUCUUAACAAAACUAAAAUUGAAGAACAUCCAGACUUUCGGGCGCAAAAGGAAGCUCGUGAUGCUGAGGAGCGAGAAAACAAUAAACGGCUCUUGCGAAAGCAAAAAGAAAAGAUGAAAGAAGAAGAGAAGAAAAAACUUGAAGAAGCCGAACUAAGAAACUAUAAAAGUUUGAUGAAUGCCGAAAAAAUGAGUACUAACUAUGAUCACGACAAUGAUUCAGAUGAUUUUAUGUAAUAGUUGAAUUAAGGCAAUAUAAAUAAUUUUAAAAAUGUAA